AUUUCGAAAUGGUCACCACGCUGCUGGCAGCCGUGACUCUAGUGGACAUCUUCCAGGUGAAGGCGGACGUGCUAGACAUGGCGGAGAACGCGUUUGACGAUGAGUACCUGAAGUGCAGCAGCAGGAUGGAGCUGAAGUACAUCCCACAGCUGUUCAGGGAUGAAAGGGCGAACUCUGACCUCCUGGAGACUGUGUGGGACAAUGCGGAGAUCAUGUGGGAAGCUCGGAAGGCUAAGAUCUCUCCCCCAGUGAACUUCAAGGACCCCUAUGGAAUAACCCUGAUGGCGUUUGUAACCGAGGCUCGAGAGCAGACUCCCUUUUACCACGAGUUCAACAGAGCUGUGAAGAUGGCCGGCCAGUCCCGAAAAGAUUACAUCUACAACUUCCAGUUCAAAGCUUUUCAUUUUUACCUGGUGAGAGCCCUGCAGCUGCUGAGAAGACCUUGUGAAGAGAGUUACAAAGACGUGGUGUACCUCACAGGUCAAGACAUUUCCUUCACAUUCGGAGGGCCAAACCAAGCGAGGCUGGGCAACUUCACACUGGCAUACCCAGCCAGACCCCCCACAGCUAACAACCAGCCAGUGCUAACCAUCCACACCUGCUUUGGGGUGGCUGUGGAAAGGUUUUUGGACAAAGCAAGUGAGAGAGUUGUUUUAAUACCUCUGACUGAGGUUUUUCAAGUGUCCCGGGAAGGAACUGGCAAUGACCUUCUUCUUGAGAGCAUAAACAAGACCUGCAGCUACUAUGAGUGUGCAUUCCUCGGGGGUCUAAAAACUGAAAAUUGCAUUGCAAACCCAGAAUAUAUGGAACCCGCGUAUGUCUACAACCCCGAUUUGGAAAGUCAGAAGCUUGAAGACUCUGGUAGGAAAAGCUUCGAAUCCACUGGAAUACCAGAAAUUAAAGUGCUACAACCAGAUGAAAACCUUCUCCAGCCAGAUGAAAAGCCUGAAGGCAGAAGUCACAGCAAUGCCGGCAAGCCUACUCCAGGUCCACAUCCAGCUCCACGUCCCAAGACCCAUCCUUCUGCAUCUUCUGGCAGAAGGCUCCUCCCACCAGUCACAGCGUCCCUUGUUUUAGCCGUCACUUCCGCUGCAAACAUCCUCACUGCUCUAUAGCUUGAGAUGGUAUCUUAACCUUUAUUUGAAAGGCGCUAAGGGGAUCCCACAGGAGGUCAAGAGAAGAGAUGUGACAGAUUCCCUGUAUAAAAUAAGAACUGUGUAUCUCUUCCCUGUUUUACAGUUUAAAAAGCUGGUCCAAAUAGUGUCAUAGAAUUAACUUUUCAUUUCUGUUUAAUUUUAGGAUUGCAAAAAUCCCAAAGCUGUAUACUUUUGAUUGGAUUCAAUAAA